AUGCCAAGCACGAAUAGCCCAUGUGAAAGUGAGCCUGGCAGCAAGGACUUACAUUUGCAACGCACCUCAUUGGACAAUCGGCGUGCCUCCGCAGCAGAGUGGAUUUGCGGUGGAUCGACCCUGACUUGGCAGUGGCUGUGUAAUCAGUGCUGCGGCUUGCUUCCGCCUCAAAGUUUGCCUCGGGUAAUCGCAUCGUUGACGAAACCGUCCGCUCAUCUUGGACUAGCUUACUUAUUAAGAGCAUUUACGAGAAAUCUAAAUCUUUGUCGCGUCUCUCAAGCUGGGCUAUUUCCGUACAUCGUUGGGGCUCAAAUUGCAUGUUGGAAUACAGCGUUUGCUGCGCUCGGCACCGAGGAACCAGUCGCAUGUGUCCUAUUACUGCGCAGCCCGGACUCUGUUAUAUUUUGCCCUAUGACAUGGAAUUCACGUAGUGUCGGCCCCCGUUUGUUAUGUCUUCCGUAUGGAUCCACUCUUUUCAAAGCAACGACUAAAUUCCGGAAUAUCGUUAUUGUCGUUCGCUUCGAGAUGCCUGGACGCUGCGCAUGA